UGAAGAUUUGGUUUCAGAACCGCCGCUACAAGCUGAAGCGCCAGUUACAGGACAAAAGUCUCGAGCUGGUUACUUACGGUACCUCGCAAAACUAUCAUCAAAAUAUGCGCUAUUCCUGCACGUUCGGCUCACAGCCUUCAGCAGUUACCUAUGCGCCCGCUGGGGUCGGACUGAACAACCUACGGAAGUCUGGCGACACCAGCAGCGGCGAGUCGUUUGAAUACCGUCCCAAAGGUGAGACCAUGUUCGAUCCACACCAACAUCGCCACCACAACCUGGCCAGUCGCAAGUGUGGUGAAAAAUUGUACACCUACCUUCACCUCGGUACUGGGGGUUUAGUGGAGGGCAGAGGUCGUCGCGCCUGUGAUCCAACAACAGCGGACAUCCAAAACACGGAGACUGUACCCAAGACACCCCGCAGUGAGGGG